AUGCCGGUGCCUGAGCCUGACGUCACAGUCCCGGAGGGCGACAGCAAGAAGGGCGCGAAGCUCUUCAAGGCCAAGUGUGCUCAGUGCCAUACCAUCGAGAAGGGUGGGAAUGCCAAGCAAGGCCCACCUCUCUGGGGCCUGCCCGGUCGCACGUCUGGAACCUGUGAUGGUUUCGCAUACUCGGAGGCGAACAAGAAUGCAGCGAUCGUUUGGUCGGACAAGCACCUCUUCGAGUACCUCCUGAACCCGAAGAAGUACAUUCCGGGAACCAAGAUGGUGUUCGCAGGCAUCAAGAAGGAGAAGGAGCGCGCCGACCUGAUUGCCUACAUGAUGGAGAUGAAGUGA